AUGGCGGCAGAUUUGCAAGACCAAGAACCAAGCAUUGUCAUAAACGGGAACCUGGGCAACGAUGAGCCCGAGGAAGAAGUUGGCCUAGAGGAGCAAGAGGAAGAGGAGAAGCCUAAGAAAAGCGUUGCCUUCAGCGGUGUAGACGACUUUGAGUCCGAAGAAGAGAAGAGAAAGCGCGAGUUUGAAGAGGGCGGCGGGCUGCCAGAACAACCUGUGAAUCCCGACUUUUCGAAGCUGAACCCUCUAUCCGCGGAGAUUAUCAACAGGCAAGCUACCAUCAAUAUAGGUACCAUUGGCCACGUCGCACACGGUAAAUCUACGGUUGUCAGAGCUAUUUCAGGAGUCCAGACUGUGCGUUUUAAGGACGAACUGGAACGUAACAUUACCAUCAAGUUAGGUUACGCCAAUGCUAAAAUUUACAAGUGCGAGGAGCCUACUUGUCCCGAGCCUGAUUGCUACAGAUCAUUCAAGUCUGACAGAGAAGUCCACCCAAAGUGUGAGCGUCCAGGUUGUCCUGGCCGCUAUAAGUUGGUGCGUCAUGUCUCGUUCGUAGACUGUCCAGGUCACGACAUUCUGAUGAGUACUAUGCUUUCCGGUGCCGCUGUCAUGGACGCGGCUCUACUGCUUAUUGCCGGUAACGAAUCCUGUCCUCAACCACAAACCUCAGAGCAUUUGGCUGCUAUCGAAAUUAUGAAACUGAAGCACGUCAUUAUUCUACAAAACAAAGUCGACUUGAUGCGCGAAGAAAGUGCACUAGAGCACCAAAACUCUAUUCUCAAGUUUAUAAGAGGAACCAUCGCUGAUGGUGCCCCUGUGGUCCCCAUUUCUGCUCAGCUGAAAUACAACAUCGACGCUGUCAACGAGUUCAUUGUGAAGACCAUCCCAGUUCCUCCAAGGGACUUCAUGGCCUCCCCACGUCUGAUUGUUAUUCGUUCUUUCGAUGUUAACAAACCUGGUGCUGAGAUCGAUGACUUGAAGGGUGGUGUUGCUGGUGGCUCUAUCUUGAACGGUGUCUUUAAAUUAGGCGAUGAAAUUGAAAUUAGACCUGGUAUCGUCACUAAAGAUGAGCAGGGAAAAAUUCAGUGUAAGCCAAUCUUCUCCAACAUUGUAUCGCUUUUCGCAGAGCAUAACGACCUAAAGUUUGCGGUUCCUGGUGGUUUAAUCGGUGUUGGUACUAAGGUUGAUCCUACCCUUUGCAGAGCAGACCGUCUAGUUGGUCAAGUGGUGGGCGCCAAGGGCCACCUGCCAAGUAUCUACACUGACAUUGAAAUCAACUACUUCUUACUACGUCGCCUGUUGGGUGUUAAAACGGACAACCAGAAACAAGCCAAAGUUAGAAAUCUGGAGUUAAAUGAAGUUCUGAUGGUAAACAUUGGUUCCACAGCUACCGGUGCUCGUGUGGUUGCCGUGAAGGCUGAUAUGGCUAGGUUACAAUUGACCUCUCCAGCUUGUACAGAAGUUAACGAAAAGAUCGCUUUGUCGAGACGUAUCGAGAAGCAUUGGCGUUUGAUUGGUUGGGCUACAAUCAAAAAGGGUACUACUCUGGAACCAAUCGCUUAA